UAUAUUGUCUGAGAAAUUGAUGGAAUUAGGAAGUAUUUAGGCCUAUUGUUUGGAAACCAUUUCAGAACAUCUGGGAAAUUCUACCAUAAAAUCAUUUCCAGAUCAUUUCCCAGUCGUAUAUUGUUUAUCGAUGACUAACAAAUAGCGAAGAAAUAACUAGUCAUCCCCCAUUGCCAAAGUACAGUAAUGCUAGACGAGAGGUCACUCUGGUUUGGAGAGAGAGCGAGAGAGAAAGUGAGAGGGGGUGGGGAAAAGUUCCUGAAAACACAGUUGCCCUGCUAAUUCUAGGACACUUAAAUUAGCCGGGUGAGAGAGGGGGCAGGUUUCAGUUUUACAGAGACUUGACUUGCUGUAGAGAAGGUAAGAGACUACACACUUAGUUCUGAACUAAACUUUAGAUAAACUUUAAGUCUACUGGUAAACUGGCAUGGAACAAUGGCUAUGUUCCUAAACUAGGAAUGACAUACUGAAAUCUGAGUGUGAGAUGGAUCAACUAUAGGGAAUUUAAAAAUAUUUUUGAAUUUUUUUUUAUUUUGGUUGAAGAAGCAUCCUUCACACUCCUGGAGCAGAAGAAGUGGAAUAUCUAUUCCCCAAACCCACCUAUAUACAGACAUAGCAUCAAAGUAAGAGUGUCUAUUGUUGAGGUAGUUCAAUCAGGUAUAUCUCACCUGUAACUCUCCAGUGAACUGCUCUGUCCUGCUACAGGGCACAGGUGAACCAGACAGACAUGUCCACCGGCUCAGUAAGCGAUGGAGAGGACAUCAUUGAGACACGUCACAAACGGACAGAUGCUCCGUUCGAAAGCAGUAAAACCAAACGGAACAUUGCACAGAACCACUACACAUCCACCGAGUACUCAGAUGACGAGUUCGGUAAUGACGGAGGUUACGAAGUCAAGACCAAGCGAACACGCGUCACCGCUGCUGGAGGAAAACCAGUUGUGAAAGCGCGGCAGAUACAAAGGAACGCUGCAAACGCCAGAGAGAGGGCGAGGAUGAGGGUGCUGAGCAAAGCGUUUUCCAGACUGAAAACAAGCCUGCCGUGGGUACCAGCCGAUACCAAACUGUCCAAACUGGACACGCUGAGACUAGCGUCUAGCUAUAUAUCACACCUCCGACAGGUACUACAAGAAGACCGCUACGAGAGCAGCUUUGUACACCCUGUCAACCUGACUUGGCCAUUUGUGGUAGGUAGAUCAGAGGACAACAAGGACAUUUCCGCAGACAGACAGUGUGGAGCGACAUCAUAGGACAGGAGGGAUCUCUCUCUGCUGGGGCUGUCUUCUUCUACCAUGGCUGCUGGCACCCUAUUCCCUUGAUAGUGCACUAAAUGAACUGCACUAUAUAGGGAAUAGGGUGGAUGCCAUUUGGGACUAAUUCCAAGUAUUUUUUUGUUGUUGUCCUAUGUCUAAUACUAUUAGAAUAUUUCGUUAUUCCAUAUCGGCGAUUUCUUUAUGGAUCAUUUUAUUGUCGUAAACUUGACAGGUGGAAUUUAUGUUUCCUUUAUAUCCAAUCAGUGAUGAGAUGAGAAAACAGGACAGAGGAAAAACAAGAUACUUUAACAGCACCGAUGUCAUAGACUGGCACACUACACUGAGUGGUACAAAACAUUAAGAACACCUUCCUAAUAUUGUGUUGACCCCCUCUACAAGGUGUUGAAAGCGUUUCCACAGGGAUGCUGGCCCAUGUUGACUCCAAUGCUUCCCCACAGUUGUGUCAAGUUGGCUGGACGUCCUUUUGGGUGGGUGGAACGUUCUGGAUACAUGAGCGUGAAAAACUCAGCAGCGUUGCAUUUCUUGACACACUCAAACCCGGUGUACCUAUUACCAUACCACACAUUCAAAUAACUUUAAUAUUUAGUCUUGCCCAUUGGCACACAUACAAAAUCCAUGUCUCAAUUGUCUCAAGGCUUAAAAAUCCAUCUUUAACCCGUCUCCUCCCCUUCAUCUACACUGAUUUGAAGUGGAUUUAACAAGUGACAUCAAUAAGGGAUCAUAGCUUUCAGCUGGAUUCACCUGGUCAGUCUAUGUCAUGGAAAUAGCAGGUGUUCUUAAUGUUUUGUCCACUCAGAUAUAUAUAUAUAGUCUAUUACUUAUAAUAAUAGAAUAUGUUUCCUCCUUUAGCUUGUGGGAAGCUGUGACGUCCUGUGCUGACAACUCUAUAACAUCACAUCAGACCUUUCCCCCCGAAAGUAUACAAAGUGUAUCUUUGUUUGAUUGUUUUAUGAAUUUUUGAAUUUGGUGAAGAAGGAGUCUCUAAUUAAUUUACGGGGCAGGUGAUUUGAAAGUGUUGUUCAUUUUGAGUCUGUCCUCUCUUGCUAACCAUGUAAUUGAAAGGCUACCAUCACCAAUUCGGUAAUUCGGUUAAGGUUGUGCUUUGUUUGUUUGGUAUUCAGCUAAAGUCUCUUUUCAAAUGUUCGUUAGCGUUCCAUCUUUCUCUGACCUUCGACCUCACUCCACCAAUAGUUGAUGUUUGUGUUCUUAUCGUUCACCUACAGCUGUCAAAAUGUUUCCCUUUGGAGACAGAUUACUUGUGUUCAUUUCAAUCUUGUGUUUUUUUUUUUUGGGGGCGCAGUUUUGUUAAGUGGUCACCACUCUCCGGGCUGAGAUUGUUGCCCAUAAAUGCUGUUUGUAUGACCGUUCGUUUGAUAGGGCUACGGGCAUCAGAAUUUGCCUUCCUUUUUUUUUCAGCGGGCGGCAGAAGAGGAAGUAUUUUUUUAGAUCUGCUCUGGUUAUUUCUGGAAUUUCUGUAUACAUGAAGGAUGUUUUUGCUAAAUUCAAGGGUCAGUUUUACUGUGGGUGUUUUGUAUCAUGAUGUGUAUUUUGACUAUAACAGUGGGUCCCAUAUUUCACUUAGAUUCAGGCAGAUUGGUUGGAUUAUGCAGCCAAAUAUAUUUGGAGCCAGAUUUUAAAAUAAUUGUCUAUUGUUUUCUUUAUUGAGUAGUAUGUUCUGUUGAGACAACGUCUAACGCCGACAGAUUAUGUCGUAUCCCCUGUUCUGUUCGAGUUGUAGAUAGCCUUCCCUGUAGCUCACUUGGUAGAGCAUGGUGUUUGCAACGCCAGGGUUGUGGGUUCGAUGUUCGAUUCCCACGGGGGGCCAGCAAAAAAUAAUGUAUGGAAAUGUAUGCAUUCACUACUGUAAGUUGCUCUGGAUAAGAGCGUCUACUAAAAUGUAAAUGUAAAAUUGCCCAAACUGUGUUGCAAAUUCAUCAAUAUGGAUAUUAAAACAUGUCGGUCUCCGAUUGGUGACCCCUU